AUGGACCGACCAAGCCAGGAUUUUGGCGACCAAGCCCAGAACUUUCAAAACAACUUUCCCCUGACAACCGACGAUGCCAAUAUUGAUCCUUUGCUCGACUGCACAACGGGAGCUCAGAUGCCCCCGAUUGUUAGCAAUCCCAUGGACAACCAACUUCUCAUGGGCUCUGCCAUGUGGAGCCCGCUGAACAACCCCGUCAACUUCUACCCUCCCAGCAUGCCAGCAAUGGCACCAACAGCUUUGAGCAACAGUCCAAAAGCACCUACCGACACGCAAUCAACCCCAAGAACUUCAUCCACUGAUUCCAUGCUUGGCGGCCCAACACGGAAAUCGAGCAAGUCGUCUAUUCCUUCUGUCGAUUCGGCCAAUACCGACACCAAACCUCGGCGUAGCAGCAGAGCUACCAAGACACAACGCCAACAGCCACCGGCAGAACCUGCCACUAAGCCGCGUCGGCGAAGAGCUUCCAAGGAGCCAUCACUCAAGGAGGAAGAUGAGGACGAGGAUGAUGGGCUGGAUGACUCAGGCAAACGCAGCAAGUUUCUUAAGCGCAACAGGAUUGCAGCGUCGAAAUGUCGUCAAAAGAAGAAGGAAUGGGUUAAUCAAUUGCAGGAUACCCGGGUUGGCUUGGAGAACGAAAAUAAUGCUCUACACAGGCAAUACAACGGCCUCGUGGACGAGUUGAGCACCAUCAAGAAUCAACUCAUGCAGCACGCAUCUUGCAAUGAUGCCAACAUCGACCAAUGGCUAGACAAUGAGGCAAAGAAGUUCGUUCAGCGAAUUGCAGCGCAGAGCAGACAACCUCCCCCAGUCCCAGCAUCCCAUGGGCCUGGUGACUUUUACAGCACGCAUCGUCGUAGCUCAAGUGUAGCCACCUCUAUACCGCGAUCGAUAGACUCAGAUAUCAUUUACGACCACGUGCCGAACAACCUUGUUAAUUCGAGAUAUUGA